UCAUCAAAGGGCCGCUCCGAUCUCCUCAACGGCCAUCUGCGGCUUUGUCGUACACUACUGCGAGGAUGAAAAGCGAAACCGAAAUCCGUGUGCCCGGGACCAGCCAAGGUAAGAGGCAACAACAUUGCUCUAUUGAUGAUCAAAUCACGAAUGUCUUUCGCUUUUACUUACCUACGGUAGAAUUCGCAGUGGUGUACCGGCAGGUUUCCAUGACAACGCUUCCACACCCCUUUGUGAAUCCAAACGGCGCCUUCUCCAUCUAAACAUCUUG